UUGAGAGGUGGGAAAACCGCACCGACUUCUCCUCCAGCAACCGAAGCCACAGAGACGCGCACCGGGGGCCCCGAUGGAGAAAUCUAAAAACUUUCGCAUUGACGCGCUGUUAGCAGUCGACACCCCGAAGGCGCAGACCUCUCCGCUUGCGCUCGUGACUUCCCUGUCCUCCUCCAUCCAGUCGUCUGCGGCGCCGGAGCUCACCAGCGUCGAUCCUUUACGCACCGAGACGCCGUCUCCGCCGAGGAUUUCCAACUGCGGGUUGAUUCCCAAGCCGGGUUUCCUCAACAGCCCGCACAGCAUGGUUGGAUUACACCCGCAGAGCACCGCAGGGAUCCCCGCGCAGGCUCUCUACGGCCACCCCAUGUACACCUACUCCGCAGCGGCGCUCACGGGCCAACACCCUGCGCUGUCCUACUCGUACCCACACGGCUCCCAUCACCACCACCACCACCACAGUGAUCCCAUCAAACUGACAGCCAGCACCUUCCAGCUGGACCACUGGCUCCGGGUCUCCACGGCCGGGAUGAUGCUCCCCAAAAUGUCCGACUUUAAUUCUCAGGCUCAGUCUAAUUUGCUUGGCAAGUGCAGAAGACCAAGAACCGCAUUCACAAGUCAGCAGCUGCUGGAGCUGGAACAUCAAUUCAAACUCAAUAAGUACCUGUCACGACCCAAGCGCUUCGAAGUGGCGACGUCCCUCAUGCUGACAGAAACGCAGGUGAAAAUCUGGUUCCAGAACAGACGCAUGAAGUGGAAGAGAAGCAAAAAGGCCAAAGAGCAGGCCGCCCAGGAGGCCGAGAAGCAGAAAGGCAACAAGGGCGCCCAGGAGAAAUCGGACGGACACGAACAGUCGGACUAUAAGAGCAAGACGGACUCAAAAAACGGCAGAAUAAGAGACUUUAGAGACAGUGACGACGACGACGAGGGCGACAACUUCUUGUACAACUCGUCAGACAGCUCUUCGGACGACGAGAGGAAUCACACCAGCGACAUAAGUCCGCAGCCCUGAAGCCGCACAAGGGCGAAGGUGGCGAUCUCCAUUUGUAAUGACCUCGGGGAGGGGGUGGAUUUUUGCUAUAAAUAUGCAGUUGCAUGUAAUCUAACCCUUUAAUCACUUCCAUGGCAUUUUUUUUCUUCUUCAUGAAAAUAAUACAAUUUAAGUCGAGACUAGAUGCUUUUGGUUUUCACAAAAAAAGCAAUAAAAGCAGGAGAUAGGAGUCUAAUAGGAGCGUCAUCCAGCAUCCAUCGGUGAACGGUGAACAUGUUGCAUGGUAAACUGGCGCAGCACUUUGCGCGAUCUUUCCCUGCUGCUGACGUAGUCCUCGGUACAGUAAAUAUCCCGCUGCUAUUCGUCCUAUGUCGUUCUUCGUGGUGUUCCGUUAUAAUGGGUCAUAUCACGCUGAUAAAAAAAUAAAAAAAUAAAUGUUUCGUUUAUUUUUGUACACUGUAUUUAUAAAAUAGUCAUCCCCGUGCAUGCGACAUUUUGUGUUUAGCGUCUCUCUUGGUGCAAACAAUGUGAAAUAAAAAUGAAAAAGUUUUAUAUAAAAACUCAGCUGGCAUUCUGGCGCAAGUCUUGUGUUUUUAUUUAAUUAUUGUUUUUUAGAAACAAAACCGAAGAGCACCUUGCCCUUUGAUUUACGACAUGACGCGCAGUGUUUCCGCGCGUGUUUUUCUCCCGCCUCUUGACAGCUCGGGUCACGGGAAUCACCGGUAAUAGCGCUGUCGGAUGUGUGCAAACGUGCGGGGAGAGCAAACAGCGGGCAGCCGCUCAGACGGAGGAAACAUUUCACACCACACUAGCAAUGGGUUCGCAUUAACGAAAGCUUCUAAGCGGCUGGCUGAGCGGCCACUGGGCUGCUUGUGCACUACUUUCAGGUCGGAGGAUCAUUUUAACACGCGUUAAGCAAAACAUAUUUGACAUUACAAAAAGCCGAUUUAAAUAAUGUUGUGGUGCUUUGGUGCUAUCUCAUUGCCUGUAAAUAAAAACAACACUAAACAUCGUUGAACCAGACAUCUUGGUUGAAUAAUAAAUGAUUAAACGAACAUUGUCUGUAAUUUGCAUGAGUUCAAGAGAAAAAGAAAAGAAAAGUAAACUUCCUCAAACGCAAACAAAACGUACCAUCAGCCUACUUUUCCUACCUAAACAAGCUUAUAUUCAUUCACGGUGUGUUAUUAACAUCUAAUUUGAUCGUCUUUCGGCUUCCUCUACUACUUAUAUAGAGGCCCGGUUGAAUAACUCAUCCGUGUUACUUUAUAGGUGCUCCUGGUUACCAAUGUUCUCGCAGUCAUUAGCGUUAAAACUACAGCAGACGGUUCACUGAUUGUGUGCCAUUUGCAACAGGAUUACAGGCCGAUCCGUUGGCCUAUCUCCCGCUGUUUGCUUAGGCUGACUAAAUCAGAGUUCACCCGGGGGUCAGACCCAACCGGAAUACAGGUAAGAGGGAACAAUGGGCAGUGUAUGGACUGCACAGCGAGCUCAUUGAUCCCACUAUCUCCCCCUUCACUGACCGAUUUUCAA